AUGGAGACUUCUAGUUCUGUAACUCCUCAAAGGAAGCCCAAGAAGAGUUAUUUUUGUGAUGAAUGUGAAUAUGUUACUACAAGAUCAUCAUAUUUAAAGGCACACAAGGAUUCCAAACAUUUAGGCGUAAGAUAUCCCUGUGCUGAAUGUGAUUAUGCAGCAACACGAGCACGAGAUUUGAAGAAACACCAUGAGCAUAGACAUGAAGGAGUGAGGUAUCCUUGUGAGCAGUGUGAUUACUCUGCAAUCACAAGUUCUGAUUUAAAGAGGCAUGAAAGGAGUAAACAUCUUGGUGUCAGGUACCCAUGUGACUUGUGUGAAUAUACAGCGACUGGGUCUUUCUAUUUAAAGCGUCAUAAAUCAAUUCAGCAUCUAGGAAUCCGUUACAACUGUGAUGAAUGUGACUAUGCUGCAACCACAACCUAUCACUUAAAGGAGCACAAGGACAGAAAACAUUGUACAGAGCUGAAUUUUCAUUGUCAUGCAUGUGUAUUUUCAACAAAUACAUCGUCAGCUCUAACAAACCACAUACGGAGUGUUCACCUUGGUGUACGGUAUCUCUGUGAUCAUUGUGAUUACUCAGGAACAACCACUUCAACUUUAUCAUCGCACAAGCGGAAAAAACACAAGGAGUUGUAUGACCUUGAAAAAAAAGAAAAAUUGGAUGAGCUGGCAAAGCGAAGAGAAUCAUCCCUUCUUGCUGUCCCAUUUGAUCUUGAUCUUGUUAAAUUUGAACCUGAUUAUCUAGAUAAUGAUCUUGUGAAAUGUGAACCUGAUGAUGACACUAAUAUUGUUGAGGCUGAACCCGACAUAAUUGAAGGUGAACCUGGUAUUCUUAAGGUUGAAUCUGAACAAUUGUGA